AUGGUAUCGUACAUGUUGCUAGUAAUAUUGCCAGCAGUACUGGCAGCAGCUGGUGCAUCCGGUUGGUGGGAUGACGGCUGGCAUGACUCGUGGCAUCCGGUUGAUCAUUCGCUUCAUUAUGGGCAUCAUGGAUUAUUCAGUCACCCCCAUCACGGACACUUUGGACUGUUCCACGGAGUUGGCCAUCACUACAUACAUCAUUAUCCGUGGGACAGCUGGCAGUGGGGUUGGCACUGA